CUCGGCAUAAACGCACGAAGCGUCGCCUCAUCGACAGGCUCUUUUUGCUCAGUCUCUGACUAGCACGCUUUGGGAGCACACAGUGAGCGGAGCGUCCGCAGUCGCAGUAGCACUCGAAGUCCGCUUAUCCGAACAUCCGCAGAGUUUUCCAAAAAUUUUCCAAAACCAUAUUCGAUCUAUUUGGUAUUAUCUUAAUGCCCAUUAUUCUAAACAUCGCGAUCGCGUUUCCGGUUUGUUGUGAAUUCGCGUCCAAAAAAGAUCGAAACAAUAAUAAUCUCAACGUUUAGGAAAUUUGAAACAGAAAAGUUCGUUUCGAAAUCCAAGUAUUGCUGGCCCAGAGAGUCGUUACAAUUUGAAAAGGCCGCUAAAAUCGUUUAAUUUACGACCAGUUUAAAAUCAAAUAUAUAUAUAUAUAUAUAUAUUAACAUAUAUAUAUGUAUGGUUAGUGUUGUGUUUGAGAGAAAAAUAAAAGAAUGGAAAAUCACGAAAAAAAAUUCUGAAAAUGUUGAAUUGUUGUUGGCGUUAAGUUUGAAAAGUGUGCAAAGUGCAACUCUCAGAAAUAAUCAACGGAAAACCUAACCCGCCCAAAAAAAGAAUCGUAAAACUGAAAAACAAAGCAAACAAACAUAAAAAAUAAGAUCGUCGACUAAAAUGUUAGCCAACCAAACUUAGGUCAACAAAAAAUAGAAAAACAAAAAGCUGAGAUUGCUUCAUUCAUCGCUCAACAAUUUUCCUGCGAUAAUAUCUGACAUGUCAAGAAAAUCAUUGGCGUUGAUAAGAUGCAUUAUCAGCGGGGAAGACGAAGAUGAAGAUCCGCAACAGCAGCAGCAACAGCAAUUAAAAAGUGUUAAACAAGUCUACGAUAUGAUAACCUAAUUUCCGGCCAGGAAAGAGGCGAAAAAAAACGAUUUUUUACCAAAAUAUAUAUAAACGGGCUCAGAGAGAGAGAGACAAAGCAAAGUUAGUGAAAAGAAAGAAGGAAAAAUAAAAAAAAAAACCCAAUCGAAACGAAAGUAAAAGAUUUCUUAUAUGUUUCAACGACAUCCGAGGGCGUGGCGAACGCCCAAUAAACUGGCAAACAAACAAUAAACAACAGCGAUUUACAGCGACUUAUUAUAAACAUUCGGUUUUGGUUUUUGGGCGGAAAAAACGGAAAAAACAACUCGGCUCGAGAAACCCUUUUGUGAACCGAAGUGGUGAUCUUUGAUGCGAAGAAACCUGCGCUUGGACUGGAGGGCCCUGGCGCUGCUGGGCGCCCUCCUCUCGUUCAUCAUCGCCUGGCCAGGCCUUGUCUUUGCGAUGCCCCUCAUGGCCAUGGAAACCAAUAACCAUACAUCCACAUCCGCAUCCAACAGCACGAACAAUAGCAAUCUGUUUAGUAAUAGUUAUUUACAAAGUGAUCAUAGUCGUAGUAGUUUAGUGCCGAGCGCAGUGAGUGAACGUAGUGUAAAUCAACCCACAAAUCAAAGUAUUAAUGCUGAAUUUAAUCAGAGCUUAAGCACGCAUCCAACUGCCAUAACAAGCACACCCCAAUCACAAUUGCAAUCGCAGGAGGAUAACAACUCCGAUCAGCUAGAGGAGCCACUGGGAUUCAUUAUCUCAGCGUUGCCCAAUGAUCAUCUGGCGAUUCUGUCGCGUACCGAACGCAGCAUUCGUCACCAGAAUCAUCAGCAGCAACAGCAGCAGCAGAAGAAGCAUCACCAUCAGCAAAAUCAUCAUCACCAUCAGCAACAGCAACAGCAACAGUCGCUCCCUGCUGACAAUAAUUUCAUUGGUUCGAAAUCGAAAAGACUGAGCAACCCUAGAAGUAAUCUAAACAUAAAUAUCAGUAGCAAUAACACACCCAUCAGCAAUCUCGACCGUAACGAACGCUCCACAGUGCCCCAGUCCCAUUUGGCCUGGACAUCCCGCAAGAUCCAGUUGUAUAUCAAAAAUCGCAUCCUUCAGAUAAUGCGUGAUGGCAUUGUCAAUGGAACGCAGGACGAGAAUAGUGAAUUCACGAUUCUCCAGCGAUCCACCGUGGAUGUGGGGCGCAUCAAGCUGCAGAGUGUGGCCACUUGCCUGUAUCUGUGCAUGGACGCGUGCGGUGUUCCCUACGGCUCGAAAGACUUCACCGACGACUGCGUCUUCAACGAGAACAUGGGUCUGCAGAACUACAACACGUACUCCUCCACGUAUCACUCGCAUUCGAAGCGUGUCUUCUACUUGGCCCUUAAUGGCAGUGGCCAGCCCCGGCGUACCCAGAUUCCAGCCACCCGAUCGCUGGGAAAGCUGAGCACCUAUACAAAUGCCAUAACAGAGACAGUGCCGCAGGAGCGGGUCGAGCAGCUGAUCGCCAAGAAUUUUGGUGCCAAUCGCGUUAAGCACGGCGUGCGGCAACUUUGUGAUACGGGCAAGCCGCUGAUCGAGCUGAUCGAUGUGGCCAGAUUCAAGGGGCCGCCACAUUGUAACAGCAACACUAGUGGCAGCAGCAGUAGCAGUAGUAAAAGUAGUAGCAGUAGCAGUUACGUUCCUGUGUCUGCAAUCAGCAGCCUGAGUAGUAUUAGUAACAGUAGUCAAAGCGAGAGCGGCCAUAUUAGCAGUAGCCUUAGCAGUAGCAAUAACAGUAACAGUAACAGUAACAGUAAUAGUAGUAGCAAUAGCAGUAGUAGUAGACCAAGUGGUAACAAGGCCAACAAGAAGAAAAAGCCCAAGUGCAAGCCGCACGAGCAGGAGGACACUCAUAAUUGCCAAAAGCGUGGAGGAGCUGGAACGGGAGCGGGAGCUAGUAAUUUGAGAAAACUGGGGCCCAAGGCGAAAAGAUGCAAGGAACUGCGUGAAAAAGCGGCGGCCGAGAAACGAGCCCCGCCCAAUUGUGGCAAGAAGAAUGGAGCCAGGAAGAAUCCUAUAGAGGCUGCCAAAGGAGUAAUGCAGCAGCGAGCGAAGGGAAAUAUCCAGCAGGGUGGCAAGAAAAAGGCGAAUAAGCAGGGAAAGCAGCGGCCAAAUGGUGGCAAGAAGCAGCAGCAGCAGCAACAGCAGCAGCAGCAGGCACAUCAGGCUAAGGCCGUUUCCGGUGGCAAGCGGAAGCAUCGAAAAUUGGAUACAAGUACUACCACCACGAUGGCUACCAGUCUGGCCACACCUCCCGGAAGUCACUGGGAGAGCAGUUCGCCCCUGCCUGCUUUUUCUCCCAGCGAAACCAGCGAUCGAGUGGAGCGCAAUGUGCGCAUGAACAGCGGCGAGGAUGCGGAUCAGGAUCACGAACACGAUCAGGAUCAAGAGCAGGCUGAGCCGUCGGAACAGGGCGAUGAGGAUGCUGACGGCGAUGGUGGAUCCCUGGAGGAUGCCAGCUACGAGGACGCCAGUUCCGAGGCGCAGGGACGCAGCGGUGCAGCCGGCGAUGAUUCGCUCUACUACGAUUUAUAAAAUCAGUGAAAGACUGUUGAGAAAAAAGAAAGUUGAGAAAAGAGAAGGAAGGAUGUGAAAAUGAUGUAUAAAGUCUGGCUUGAGUAUGAAAAAGAUUAUGUAAUUGCAAGUUUCCACAACAAAUACACACACACCAACAGUCACCCACCUUACUACACAGCACAUUCAGCACCAGAUGCACACCAUAUAAAUAUAUAUAUAUAUCAUCAGUGUGUAAAUAUUUGAUAUAUCAUACAUACCCCUACAUAGGACUGUGGUUCACUAAAGUAUUUUUGAUGCAGCGGACUGUUGUCCCCCCGGCGAUGAUCCAGGUCAAUGCCAGUGGCCCACUAAAGACGAUGAAUAUCAAUGUAUUACAACGGAGUCUCGAGUAUUUUAUAAGAACCUCUCAAGCCAACAAUUUGGAUUAUAAUCACCAUCGAAAAGUAAACUAAACGCACGCCCAUCCAAUCAGAUAGAUGUAAAAAUGAAAAAAAAUCGAAGCCAUAACCUUACGCAACGCGAAUGACCCAAAGAGUCUAUUGAAAUACUUGAGUCUCUGUAUCUGCGGAACUUUCACGUUCACGUCGACGACGAAAAAUACUCAAAAAUACGACCACAGCGAUAAGUCAACCAGAAAACAUGAAAAUGAAAAUGAAAACUUGCAAAGCGCUUUCCCAAUAUUGUAAACGAGUGAAGCGGUGAAAAUUCGAAUACUAAAUAGUAUAUGUCGAGGGAAUCCAUUUGUAAAUAGAUCCACGAUUUAGUCGUAAGAUCAAUUUUUUUGUCACUGUGUAUUGUCGAACCUCGCUGCCUCUCUCAGUGCAUAGCCUAAGCUCUGUAAAUCAAUUUUCAAUGCAAAUUUUCCUUAAUGGAAACUCGAGGUGGAAAUCCCUAUGCGAAAACAAUAAAACCAACGACACAUCGAAAACUAUUAUUCAAUAAAUAAAUAAAUAAAUGAGAAAAAAAUAUAGGAAUGCAAAACUCACAAAUCAAAAGAUUGUAUUUUUAUUUUAAAACUACUUAUGAAACUAACAUGUAAUAUUAAUUUAUUCGAUCGAUGAGAGAUAAGCGUGAAAUUAUAGUUUGUAGCUUGUAUGAUGAUGGAGUUAUUUAUUUAUUUGAAAAUAUUUAUUUAUAAACUACUUCUAAGACGCUUAGGCUCUAGACUAACAACACUUUGUUAUAAUUUAAUGCAUUAAACAAACAUUUUCCAGAUAAGUGAGUAAAAUGAUCAACGAAAAAAGCAUGAGAAAAACGAGAAAAGCUAAACUAAACAAAAUAAAAUUAAAAAUACAUUAAUAUCAAAUCGAGAAUGUGUUUUAGUCGUACGAUGGUAAGAGGAGUAGUCCUUGUAAAAGGUUUAUAUCCAAUAUGAUGAGUUUUCUGCAUGAAAUUAAAAAAUAUUUUUAGGAUUUUGCACGUUGCCCGAGUUAAAUCAAAAAAAUUUACCAAAUUGUUACAAUUCACUCAUUUUAUUUUUGGCAUGGUUUUUACCUAUAUAAAUCCAAAUCCCAAAAUCCCUUUCUAUAAUUUUCUGUGCCCAUUACAGCCUGUGCCUGCAGCUAGUCGUCCUGGUCUUGCUUCACACCCAAGUUAUCUAGUAAAGGGAUGUUUAACCUUCGAUCUAUUGCCGCAACCUAUUGGACUACCGAUCCACACAACAAAGCUAAAGUUCCUGAUCAUUAAGCAUAAGAGUUCUAAAGUUAAAAGUACAAAUAGGGUAUAAUAUUUACGUAUUUAUCAUUUAAGACUGAAAAAAGAACACAAGCUAAAACUACUGUAAAUAAACUAAAAUAUUCUAAAAGCUAAUUUAGCAACCUGUGUUAUCUUU